AUGAAAGAACCAGCCAGACAGCAAAGAUUACGGUUAAGGCUUCAAACAUAUGACUAUGAUAUCAGGUACAAGCCAGGAAAAGACCUGAUAUUGGCAGAUGCUCUUUCCAGAUUAUCCUCACAUGAUAAACAGGAGAUGGAAGGACUAAGCAUAAAGGUCCACCACAUUAUAAAUGUAACGACUACAAAGCUAGCAGAAAUCAAAGAGGAUACCAGGAAAGAUGAAGAGCUCCAGCUCUUUACUCAGAUGGUGAUUGAGGGGUGGCCAGAAAAGAGACAUCAGGUGCAGUCCCUAAUUCGUGAAUAUUGGGCCAUCCAUGAUGAUAUAUCAGUGGAGAACGGAAUCCUGAUGGCGGGAUCCCGAAUAAUAAUACCUAAGUCAAUGACAAAAGAGAUUCUGGACAAGAUCCACAAAGGGCAUCUAGGAAUGGAGAAAUUGAAAGACCUGAGAGCCAAAACAAUCACAACAGUGGCUCGAAAACUUCUAGCAGAGCAAGUAAUACCAGAGCAGAUCAUAUGUGACAAUGGAACCCAGUUCACAUCGCAAGAAUUCAAAAAGCUGGCCGAUGAGUAUGGGUUCAAUAUUACAACUUCAUCUCCACACUACACAAAAGGCCAUGGGUUUAUAGAAAGACAGGUGCAGACAGUGAAGAGAACACUAGUCAAAUGCCGAGAGACUAAGGAAGACCCACACCUGGCACUUCUGUCCCUACGAGCGACACCACUGAGAGCUGAUAUGAAAUCCCCAGCAGAAUUGCUGAAUGGCAUGAAGUACAAAACAACCCUGCCAAGUAAGAUCCAACCUCCCAUUGACCAGGAAGAGACAAGGACAAAGUUAGCAGCCACUCAAGAACACUCGCAGAAAUAUUACAACAGACAUGCACAAUACUUACCUGAGAUACUUAGAGGACAACAUGUACAUACUCAAGAUCCCAUAACUAAAAUAUGGAUUCCAGCACAGGUUGUCAGAAAAGCUGAAACCCCAAGAUCGUAUAUAAUAGAAACGGAAUCUGGUAGGCAGCUGAGACGCAACAGGGCCCACAUUCGCCCAACACGAAAGCUGUUGAGGACAACGUAUACAACACCUGCUGCAUCAGUGACAACACCCACAGAAUUAUCACCCCAACGGGCACCAACCACCCAUCAGCAGGCAACAUGUACAACACCUACAGCAUCGGUGACAACACCCACAGAAUCAUCAUCCCAAUGGACACCAACAACCCAUCAGCAGCCCAACAACACACCUCAGACACCGGCCUAA